AUGAUGGUAAAUAAUAUUCGAGUUGGCUCGGUCUUUGUACCAGCUAUCAGAGAAUCUGGCGAUGAAAGAGUUGGGGGAGCUUCAGUGAUACGGUUCUUGAUCAUAUCGCGGUACUUGAUGAAUUCAGAUGAAUGA